AUGGCGUUCGCUUCGGCCGGCCUGCCGCCGCCGGUGCUCAACGCUGCCGCUGCCGAGGGCGCGGCGCGCGGCCGCGACGGCGCGCAAGAGGCCGAUGAUGGCCAGAGACUCGGCGUGAAGCGCCGCCUCGACGGCGAGCUCGCGAGCGCGCGCGUCAACGACGACGACGCCAAAGAAGGCGACACCAUUAUGGUGGACGCUGCACAGAUGGCCGCUGCGGCGGCCGCCGGCACCGACCGCGGCACGAAGCGCCUGCUGCACGUCGCGCUCGCGGCGCGCGACGGCUCGCACAUCCCGGACAUCCAGAACAAGACGGCGCUCGUCACCGAGGUGCGCCAAUUGAUCAAGAAGACACCAGGCGGCGAGGCGCAGCAGGCAAGCGCGAUCAGCGUGCCCAUCAUCGGCACGUCGCGCGCCAUCUGCGUCGCCUUCAGCGGCGAGAGCGAGGCACGCGCCUUCCUCGAGCAGUACGCCGGCGGUGGCGUCCUACAGCUCCCAGCGCCAGACAACAUCACCAUCACCUUCGCCGCUCUCGACGCCACCGUGUGGGGCAAGCAGGCGGAGGCGCGCGAGACCCAGGCGACCACGGACUCCGAAGGCCUCCUCGCCAUACGCACGCGCGGCGCCAUUGACACCGCGGCCCAGAUCGAGCACUUCGCCCCCCUCUUGGAGAAGCACUUCGGCAACAUGGUCUCCAUCCAGGAGGGAUACCACUCCUUCCUGGGCACGAAGUCGGACGAGAAGGACGGCUCGAUCCUCUUCAAGGUGAAGAACGAGAACCUCGUCUGCAACCUCCCGGUCCUGCCCAACGUCUACGCGAGCGGCGAUGUCGGCGGACCCCUCCGCCUCGACGUCGGGUGCGUCAAGGUCCUCGGCAACAAACUCUGCCCCUCCUGCCGCGCAUUUGGGUUGACCAACGCCGACAUCAUCCACGACGCGCAGUGCGCCGCGCAGGCGCUCAAGGAGAGGCGCGCCGCAGCGGCGAACGUCGCCAAGAAGAAGACCUUCGAGAGCCUCAUCGUCGACAACAAGGUCGAGGUCGCGCGCGCGGCGGGCAAGGUCAAGGCGAUGGCGGCGCGCGACGGGAUCGGCUUCUGCCCGGCCUUCAACCAGACCGCCCUCCCGUGCAAGACCGCCGCUCGCUGCCGCUACGCGCCGUGCGUCAACUUCGAGGCGCUCCUCCACUCCGCCUUCAAGGACACUAUCUACGAGCGCAUGCCGAGCGCGGUCAGGCUGGGCACAAGCCGCGGGCGGCGCGGGCGCGGCGGCCGCGGCCGCGGCGGCGGCGGCGGCGAGGUCAAGAGCAACAAGAAGGACUGGGCGAGCGUCGCCCGCGGAGCCGCACGCUCCCCCUACGACGGCGGUCCACGCCUCGAGUCCAACGAGCCCUCGCUAUACGAGGGGAGCGACGAGGAGCUCUAG